AUUCAUCAUUCGACAAGCAUAAUACCGACCAUGGCACAACCACCACCACCACCAGCGCCACCCGACAAAAUGUCGCUGACGCAACAAGAGCUCGAUUGGUGUUUGGCGUUGAAGCAGGCUGUUCUGGAAGACGACGAAUUGGAAGAACGUCCCGACUUGGACUACGCUCAUUGCGCUCUCAUGGCGCGUGGGAACUUGUCCGAAGCCCUGCAUCGAUUCCGUUCGCUGCAAGAGUUUCGAAGCGAGUAUCAAAUUCAUGAUGACGAUCCACUCGAAGCAUGGGAACUCCUGCAGCAGUUUUUCGAACAACAACCGUGGUUCAUUUUAGACGUCAAUGUCGGCGAUGAGACGGUCUUUGUGCAAGAUUUUAGUCGACUCGACCCCAAGGCGGUGGAUCUGCCGCGGGAUUGGAGAGUCUUCAUGGGAGGUUUCUAUUAUCUGCUUCGAAUACUGCAACCUAAUAUUGAUAUCAUGAGAAAGGGAAUAGUGGUCAUUGCAGAAUUGGCCAAUAUGGGUUGGAAGAAUUUUGAUAUCGAGUUUAUGAACCGCCAUCAUUAUCACUUGAUGGCCUUUUAUCCAAUACAAAUCAAAGAAGUCACAUUCAUGCACGCAUCCACCAUUGGCAGCAUGCUCCAUUCCAUGCUCAAACGAUUGCGAGGAAAUCGAGAUGAAAUACUGGUGGGAUGUCAAUUCGAACAAUGGGAAGGAGAAUGGAGUGACAUGUUCAAAACACCCUCGCCUGAACUUGCACAACAGCGAUUGAAUGACAAAAUCAAACGCUAUCUCGUACAUCAAUAUCACAACAACAUCACUUUUCGAUUUCCCGGGGAGGAAGCAUUGAUGGAUAGUACACCACCACCACAAGUGUCAUAGGAAAAGAUGCAAGCAACAAUCAACUCUCCCGCCCUCUUGUUCGGUUCGAGGUAAUUGAACAAAUGCCCACAAUAGAGAGACACACCAGGUUGCAACGAAGCGAUGGAACACCGCUAGCGAGAUUAUGGAAUCCAACUAGCCAUGGGGAAGCAACCGCGUACGACAACGUUUGACCUCCCAAGAGUUUCCCCCUAAGACCCCCAAAUCUCGGGGAUGAAAUCAAUCCACGGGAAGGCAUGAUUGAGACACAAAUA